AGAAACUCACCUUCACCACCUUCUUACCCUAGUACUCGUCAAGCUCCACGUAAUCCUCAACGACGUUUAUCACCCCAGUCUUUUGAAGACGAAAAAGAUUAUAGUAGAGCACCAGCAGGAGGACGUCGGAUGAGAGGUCGAGAUCCGUUUGAAGAUCAACCACCAAUGGAAAUGGGAGCGAUUCGAAGUUUUAAACAUCAAGAUGGACCCAGAGAGGUUUCAGGAACAGAAGAUUUUUUUGAAUCGAUUGCAUCACUUCAAACUGAUUUAAAAGAAUUACAAUUUAUGAUUGAUUCGGUUGGAGAUUUGAAUCGAAGAGGAUUAGAUUCAACUGCACCUGAAGAUCGAAAUGCAGCUCAAGUCGAAUCAGCUGAAUUAUCUGAUGAAAUCCGUUCUCUCAUUCAAUCUAUUAAAUCUCAAAUUCAAUCUUAUGAAGCUGAUCAUUCUUUACUAAGACAAAGAGGUGAUCCAGAACAAAAUUUAAAUGUUAGAACUCAACAAUUAGCUGGAUUGAAAAAACGGUUUGUCGAAACUGUUCAACGGUAUGCUGAAGUCGAACAGAAUAGUAGAAGAGCUAUUAAGGCUAGAGUCGAACGUCAGGUUCGGAUCGUUAAACCUAAUGCAACAGAUGAAGAAGUGAGAAUGGCAGUCGAAGAUGAAGCCAAUGGAGGAGGUGCAGUCUUUCAACAAGCUCUUGUUAGUUCUAAUCGAAUGGGAUCUGCUCGGAAUGCAUUGAAAGAAGUUCAAUCAAGAGCAGAAGAUAUGAGACGAAUCGAACAAACUAUCACAGAACUUGCUCAACUCUUCAACGAUAUGGCUAGCAUGGUAGAAGAACAAGAUGUAGCAGUUCAACAUAUUGAAAAACAAGCAGAAGUGAUCAAUCAAGAUGUAGAAGCAGCAACUACCGAACUUAAAACAGCUGUAGUCUCAGCCAAAGGUGCUCGUUCAAAACGUAAAUGUUGUUGUAUCCUUCUAGUUGUCAUUCUC